GGUUGCAUCGCCAUGGAAUAAACGAGGACAAACCGGUAACAUUGGAAUCGAUGCGAGGAAACCAUAAACCUGACAAAUCGGCUCUAUCGUGUGAAUUGAUUCCUCCUAUAUGAAGACAAGAGGGUUCCCUGGGAUGAGCAAUGGUUGACAAGUUAACAUAGCCGCGCGGGGAACUCUGGGAUAGCCUGAUGCGACGUCUGAGCCAUCAGAAUGCAAAUAGCAGUUUGGAGGUUUCACAAACUUUGUCGGGAUCCUCGGGAAGUUCAUCCAGGAGUAACAGAAAAGCAAAUACAAACUGGCGAGUCUAUCCAUCGGACUUUGUACCCCGCGAUCGUAACAUGAAUGGCCAUUUAAAGCCUUCCUCAACAAAAUCUACGAACUCUUUGGAUCCGAAGAACUUAGCUGCUGCUGCCACUUUACUUGGAAGUGUGGGGUCACUAGCGGCUGCUGAGACAACAGAAAGAGUGGGGAAUGGCGGCAUUACAGCCGUGGAGGAAGAUAUAUAUGCUGGACAUGAUUUCCCCUUCGAGAACCUGGUCUUCGAAGGAGGAGGGAAUAAAGGGAUGGCAUAUGUUGGUGUUCUACAGAUAUUGGAGUCAGCUGGAGUAAUGAAAAAAAUCAGACGUGUAGCUGGUGCGAGUGCUGGUGCAAUAAUUGCUGCUUUGAUUGCACUUGGGUUUGACUCCCAAGAACUGAAAGAAUUUCUAGAACAGGAUCUACGAAAGAUUUUGGUUGAUCACAACUGUGGAUACUGUAGCCUACUGCCUAAUCUUCUAAAGGGGUUUGGAUGGAAUCCAGGCAAAAAAUUAUUAAAAUGGUUUGGGGAACAGAUAAAGGAGAGAGCAGGAGAUGCUGAUGUGACAUUUAGAGAGGUUUUAGAAAGAUUUGGGAAGGAGUUGUGUAUAGUUGUAACAAAUCUAAACCAGAUGUCAGUGGAGUAUUUCCACCCUAAAACCACACCUAACACUCCGAUUAGAAAGGCCAUAAGGAUGUCUGUUGCGUUACCUGGUGUUUUUCAGUGUGUCCGUGAAAUAAAUAAUGAUUAUGAAGAUGUAUACGUUGAUGGUGGACUUUUGUGUAAUUAUCCCAUUCAUGCUUUUGAUGGUUGGUGGCUGUCAAUGGAUCCUAAACACACUUUCUUCAAGAAAUUACAACCACUAGAAGAUUUUGCAAGACUUUUUGAAAAGUCUGAACGUUUUGGAGAAUGGAAUCAUAAAACAUUAGGCAUAGUAUUGUACUCUCACACAGAAACUGAAUUAAUGAAGACAUUGCUAACAGAGCGAGAAGGAAACCAUCCCCCAGAUGCUCCGAACACAAAACUCGCAAGGCAGCGAUGGAAGCUUAAACAGCAACAAUUAAAUAUGCGACAAGAACAUCAAGCUAUGGUUGGCGCGGUUGGAAGAUUUAUGAAGGAACUACAAAGAAAUAAUUUGGAUGAAGAUAGCAUUAUCAACCUUCGAGAACUCAGGGGUGUCUUCACAAAACCUGUAGACUUCACAAGAGAAGAUGCUGAACUGUUGUUUGGCUAUGAUGUUGAUUAUCGAUCUGCUUUUGAGGAACUCGACACAGAUGAAGACGGAGAGAUUACGUUCCAAGAACUGAUGGCGUUUAUUGAAAAGAGAGGCGUCAACCUACAAACGAGAUUUCUGGGAUACUCAAGAAAAGAGAUACGACACUUGGGUGAAUUCAUCCAAACUUUACAGACAGCGUUAUCAGUGAACGUAAAGAGGGUUUAUGUGGAGAAAAGGGAUGUAGAGAGAACUAUUGGAAUAGAUACAGACUACAUUGAGACUAAUGAUUUCCAGCUUGAACAAGGCGAUAAAGAUUUUCUUAUAGAGUCCGGCAGGCGAGCCACAAGAGCAUUUCUUCGUGAGUACUACAAGAAAAAAUACCCGGCAGUAACGCCAAGUCAAACGGACCAAGAACCUGUCAGAGUAAGCGUUCGAGGUGCGACACCAGCCGUUACCAGCGAUAGAAAGAGGAAUCCUUCUGUUGUAUCUGACAUAUCUAUAACAUCCAAUAAACUACCUCCUCUAUCCGCACAAUAUUCGCACGAAAAAUCAAAAUCCACCGUCACCCGCCACCAUCGUUACAGCUCUGCAGGAUCGGCCGGGUCUGAGAGUAGUACUACAAGCACUGGUAAAGUCAGCGUUGACGUGCCUAAGAGCCCAUCCACUGGUAGAAAAAAGAGUCCUGGUCGUAAGACAAGAGUUGGUGCCUUAGCAAAAUUUCUAUGAAUAUCGCAAGAUCGGAUAAAACCGCAGUCUAUGGAGUUCGAGGUUUAUAGAAGACCUGCUUAACCUGUUACUGGUGUUUUAAAGGUGCUUGCGCCAGUCAUUACUCGUGCAAUCAGAAUAUUGGACCCCGCGCCGUCAUGGUCACUGAAAGACAUGUGCUUACGAAUUAUCGUAGCGUUAUUACAGUCCUACAAAAUCCAAAAAUCUUUUUUUCUUCCAAUAUCUCACAAGGAAUUAAACAAGCUACAAACAUAUUUUGAAAUGUAAGGUGAUUACUACAAACUUUUAAGUCGGAAGCCUGUUGUACAAAAGACUUCUAGUUUAGUCAUCACCAUUAAAAAAGGAAGAAAGAUAAAAGUGGGUUUUAAAAAGCAAGACAAUGUCAAAAACAAGGCAUAAAAUAUUUAAAAACUGAUGAUAUUUGUACAAAAUCUGUACACUUUGAUAAGUUAAUGAAUGGGUUCCGCAGCAGCCAUGUUGUUGGGCAGGUUCAUUGUUCGGCUUUUUUUGCAUGGCAAGAAAUUUGAAAUUCAUUUCCAAAGAAUAAAAUGUCUAUUGCUUUUCUUUACAAAAUGGCUGCCUUGAAACCCCUCUAUUUGCCAUUCCGAUUUUGAGGAAACAACUCGAUCAAGUUGGCAUUGCAGUGCAUUUUGGAGCUGUCUUAGGGGACAUAUUUCCAAGAAGGCGUCUAUUUCUUCCCCCAGAAUGCCCCAGAAUGCAAUGCAAUGCCAACUCAACCCAAUCUUUUCCUCAACCUCGUAAUGGUUAAUAGACCUUUAUCAGGCUCAUUUUCUCUUAAAGUCAAAGAAUUGAACAAAUCAUGUCACGUCACGCCAUGAUAUUACUUCUCAUAAUCAAAAUGAGAAACAGUAUGUGCAUGGACAUAGGGCAUACUGUUAUUCUGCGCGUCAUUUUGUGUUGUGUCUCUUUGCUCUUUAGCUGUAGCAAGCUAACCACAGCGAGAAAGUCUUACUCUUAAAGAGUGUACGUCAAUGUAUUAACAGUGUUAAAUUAUGAUUGUUAAGAAGUUAUACAUUUUACAAGUCAGAUAAUCAAUAGAUAUCGUCAUAAUUCGUUUCAAAUAAUGCUAACAUUCUCCUCCUGCAAUUGCAAAAAAAAAAGCUGCAAUAAUCGAGUUGGACUAAUUGCAUGGUCACGUGACUGAUUUACACAAGUCAUGUGACCUUUCUCGCUAUAGGGUGGUCUUUGUACGUACACGGUGUGCCACUUGCCGUAAUACUGAAACGACUAUCCGUUGCUUUCGCGUGGACUCAUGCCGCAAUCACAAUUCAUGUUCGUAGUCUGGUAAACUAAAACGCAAUUGAUGGUUUUCAACCAUUCCCAAAAUAAUUAAAUAACAAAAGACACGGCGGCCAUGUUGGAGGAUAUAACAAUUCUUUUGUUAAGUUCCUCCAACAUGGCCGCCGUGAAAACCAUCAAUACCACUAAGUAAAGAUUAAACUUUUCUCGUAUCGUUUCUAAGUACACAAAUUUCUGUUCUCAUACACCCAUUAGUGCCAUUUUUUUUUUUUUUACUGCUAUAAGAUUCUCUUGCAUAGUUUGAUGAAAAUUUAAGCCAAGGAUAAAAAACUAUCUAAGAAUUUUGGUGCGAAUGCAAAUGGCCUGCUGGUUCGCAAAUGUAAUUUAUCUGCCAGUUAUGGCGGCUUGUAUUAUGUAUAAGGAGAAGCAUAAUUUUCCUUAUGGAAAUUUGGUUAAAUUAUAUGGAAUUAAACAUAUUAAACUUUUUUUGAAAAUAAAUGAAAUGUAAACGAA